GCUUACUCCAGUACCUUCCCAUAAAGCUUUAACCACCAUUUGUUAUAUAUGCUGUCCAUAACUAGAUCAUACACACACACAGUGUCUGAAUGAAAUAAUUUCAUUUCACAAUCUUUUCUUGCAGACCCACAAAAGAAACACACUUUCCUACAAUACCCAUAAAUUAUAUUUCAUUUUCUUGAAAAAAAGUUCUAAUUUUUAUUUACAAAAAUGAUGGUCAAGAAGCCAAGAAUAGUGAUCAUUGGAGCAGGAAUAGCAGGGUUAACAGCUGCAAACAGGCUUCAUAAAUCUAUGGGUGGAAUUGAUCUUUGUGUUGUUGAAGGUGGGAAUAGAAUUGGAGGGAGGAUUAAGACUUCAGAGUUUGGUGGUGAUCGAGUCGAAAUGGGAGCUACUUGGAUCCAUGGAAUUGGCGGUAGCCCGGUUUAUAAGAUAGCUUUGGAAUCUAACUCCAUGGAAUCAGAUAAACCAUGGGAGUGUAUGGAUGGGAUUCUUGAUGAUCCAAUCACCAUUGCUGAACAUGGGUAUGUGUUACAUCCAUCUUUAGUUGAUCCGGUGUUGAAACUCUUUGAAAAUCUUAUGGAGUUUGUUCAAGGGAAAAGGAAAACAUGUUGGAAUUGGAAUGGGAAUAGGAGUGUUGGUGCUUUCCUUAGACAAGGUCUUGAAGAGUAUUGGCAAAUGGAAUCAAGAAACAGGAAUGGGAAUGGGAAUGGGAAUGGGGAUGGGAAUUGGAAUAGGAAGUUGUUAGAAGAAGGUAUUUUUGCAAUACAAGAAAACAAUCAAAGGACUCAUACAGGUGCUGAUGAUUUGUUUGAUCUAAAUUAUGAUGCAGAGUGUGAGUAUACUGUGUGUCCUGGUGAAGAACUCACCAUUGGUAAAGGCUACUCUAGUGUUAUAGAAUCAUUAGCAUCUAUUUUACCAUGUGGGGUCAUUCAAUUAGGGAAAAAAGUUUGUAAAAUUGAGUGGCAUCUUAAAUCUGAAACUGAAGUUGGAAUAGUAGAAAAUGGUUAUGAUGAUGAUGGUAGAAAACCAGUGAAGGUACACUUUCUUGAUGGUACUACUUUAUCAGCUGAUCAUGUGAUUGUCACAGUUCCAUUAGGUGUACUCAAAGCCGGAAUCCGCGAUUCCAACGAUUCCAAUCAUUCGGGUAUGCUUAAAUUUAGUCCACCGCUUCCGGAUUACAAGAUUGGAGCCAUUUCAAGACUCGGGUAUGGUGUUGUCAACAAGCUUUUCAUGCAACUAAGUCCUGAUUUAUCCGGUUUUGAUCCAUUCCCAAAUCUACAAUUGGUAUUCCAUAAAAGUGAUUCCGAAGGUAGGAACCCGAAAAUCCCAUGGUGGAUGAGGAAAACGGCUUCGGUGGCACCAAUUUAUAAAAAAUCAAGAGUGUUAUUAGCUUGGUUUGCGGGUGAAGAAGCGCUUAAGCUAGAAACAAUGUCGGAUGAAGUGAUUCUUGAUGAAGUCUCCACAACUUUAUCAAGUUUUUUGUCGAAUGCGUCGGAUUCCCAUGAACGAUGUAAUGGGAAUGUGAUCAAGAACUCAUCAAAAGUGAAUCUUGUUAAGGUUUUAAAGAGUAAAUGGGCGAGUGAUCCUUUGUUUUUGGGUUCAUAUAGUUAUGUCGCGGUUGGGUCAAGCGGAUGUGACAUAGACACAUUGGCUGAGCCAUUGACCACAAGUGGUUCACACCCACUUCAAAUCCUUUUUGCAGGAGAAGCAACACAUAGAACUCAUUACUCUACAACUCAUGGUGCUUAUUUUAGUGGGAUUAGAGAAGCCAAUAGGCUUCUUGAACAUUAUCAAUGUAUGGAUUAGAUUUAUGAUACUAUGGAGGAGGGUUAUUUUUGUAAUUUUAUUAUUAUUUUUUUU